UUUUGGUGGUGGUUGGCGAGGGAAGUGCCACCGUGUCCAAAGCGGGCUAGCUACUUUGAUCCCGUAGACGUCUUGUUUACAGUGGUAGUUCCAGGCCUGUAAAGUCUGGAGGACAACAACGUGUUACGGGUUUAUUGCUCACACCUUUUCUUUCGUUACAAGGGUCAGUGCAUGAAACCUCCAAUCUGGAGCGAGGCGGUAACAACAGGAAGAAGAAGAUAGAGGAAUUCUCUAGGUCUUCUCGGGAAAAACUAGUCCAGUCGAAGAACAAAAUGUUCUCCAAAUUUACGUCCAUUCUCCAGCACGCCGUGGAAGCGCUUGCUCCAUCGCUGCCUUUACAAGAGGACUUUGUCUAUCACUGGAAGGCCAUUACACAUUAUUACAUAGAGACAUCUGAUGACAAAGCCCCAGUGACAGACACCAACAUCCCGUCCCACCUGGAGCAGAUGCUGGACAUUCUGACGCAGGAAGAAGCGGAACGGGAAUCUGGGGAGACAGGACCCUGCAUGGAAUACCUCCUCCACCAUAAGAUCUUAGAGACUCUGUACACAUUGGGCAAGGCAGAUUGUCCUCCAGGGAUGAAGCAACAGGUGCUCACAUUCUACACAAAGCUGCUGGCACACAUUCGACAGCCUCUCUUGCCACACAUCAACGUCCACAGACCUGUCCAGAAACUGAUCCGUCUGUGUGGCGAGGUGCUGGCUGCCCCUACAGAAAACGAGGAGAUCCAGUUCCUUUGCAUAGUCUGUGCCAAACUAAAGCAGGACCCGUACCUCGUCAACUUCUUCCUAGAGAAUAAGUCAAAGCGACAAGAAACAAAGAGUCCUGUGGUGAGGGAGGGGGUGAAGGAGAGUGUGUUGGCUCCGGACACUGGUCAGUCUCAGGCAGAGGAACAGGCAGGGCAUCGGGAGGAGCCACUGGCCGCCGCUGCCGCAUCCACCUCCAGUCCCGCCAGUAACAACAACAACAGCAACAACUACAACCUGGUCACGUCCCUGCUCAACCUAACAAAGAGUCCUGAUGGCAGGAUAGUGGUGAAGGCUUGUGAGGGCCUGAUGCUGCUGGUCAGCUUGCCAGAACCUGCUGCUGCCAAGUGUCUAACCGAGAACACAGAGCUCUGUGAGCUGCUCACCGACAGGCUGAUCUCCUUCUAUAAAGCUCUGCCACAAUCAAUGGACCCUCUGGACAUUGAGACCGUGGAGUCUGUCAACUGGGGUCUGGAUGUGUACAACCUGAAAGAGGACGCCACCAUCUUCACCGGGAAGAGAGCUCUCAUCUCAUUCCUGUCAUGGCUUGAUUACUGUGACCAGCUCAUCAAGGAGGCUCAAAAGCCACAGAAGGCUGAACUACAUGCUUUGUUUUACUUCCCUGUCUUCCAGUCAGCAGCAGCAGUGAUUGCGAAAGCCGUGAGAGAAAGAUUCUUUGUGUCUGUGAUGGAGCCGCAGCUCAUGCAGACGUCAGAGGUGGGGAUCUUGACCUCCACUGCCUUGUUGAACAGGAUCAUAAGGCAGGUGACAUCUACAGCUCUGCUGCAGGAGAUGGUUUACUUCCUGCUGGGAGAGGAGGUGGACGCUGAGACUCCAGCCACAGUCACGCAGCAUCCACUCCGGCACAGACUCAUCGAGCACUGUGAUCACCUGUCAGAUGAGAUCAGCAUCAUGACGCUACGGUUGUUUGAACAGCUGAUCCAGAAGCCCGACCAGCACAUCCUCCACAGCCUGGUGCUGCGCAACCUGGAGGAGAGGAACUACCAGGAGAACAAACCGCAGGAGGAGCGGGAGCCCCUCGAGAACGGGCAGCCCCACGAUUCCGUGGACCUGGAGGAGGAUCCGCUGUUCGGCGAUGAGCCCCCGCUGGAGAGAAGGCCUUCCAGCUCCGACUGGCUCGGCUCCUCUCCAUCGCAGAGCCCCGAUCACUCAAAGUCGGACGGGAAGACGGAGGUCCACAAGAUCGUCAACAGCUUCCUGUGUUUGGUGCCCGACGAGGCCAAGUCCUCGUACCACGUAGAAGGCACCGGCUAUGACACCUACCUCAGAGACGCUCACAGACAGUUCAGGGACUAUUGUGGGGUGUGCCAGCGGUGGGACUGGAGAGGGAUCCCCAAGCCGUUUGAGAAGUGCGACUUGGAUGCGCCGUUCUUCGAGGGUCACUUCCUGAAGGUUCUCUUUGACAGGAUGGGUCGCAUCCUGGAUCAGCCCUACGACGUGAACCUGCAGGUGACCGCCGUGCUGUCCAAGCUGUCUCUGCUACCACACCCACACCUCCACGAGUACCUGCUGGACCCUUACAUCAACCUGGCCCCCGGCUGCAGGUCUCUGUUCUCGGUCAUCGUCAGGGUGGUUGGAGACCUCAUGCUGAGGAUUCAUCGCAUCCCAGACUUCACACCCAAGCUGCUGCUGGUCAGGAAGCGCUUAUUGGGCCUGGAGCCAGAGGGCAUCAACAUCGACCACAUGACUCUGCUGGAGGGGGUCAUCGUGCUGGAGGAGUUCUGCAAAGAGCUGGCAGCCAUCGCCUUCGUCAAAUAUCACGCGGCUGCCUCGUCCUCACCGUAGUCGUCCCGCUGUUCUUCCAUCUGCCGCGUCCGGGCAGACAGGUCGGGUUGAAGCGACCACGGGAAGGGUGGGGGUGGGGGGGGUCGUUGGUACCGGUGGCACAGGGUCAGCAAAACAUUACCACUAACCGGUUUCCCCCUGCAAGACUGUUAGAGCCCACACAGGCGGGUUUGAUCGUUCCCUCUCCCUCUGACCUCCCAGGCUCCAGCACCAAUCAGGUUUGCUCUGGUUUUGGGGCCGCGGCGCAGCACAGACACACUGCCCAGCCAGCAGAGGAGCAGGAGGAGGUCCCUGGACUCCUCUCAGCCUCCGCAGUUCUCUCACUGCCCCCUCAUCCUCCUUUGUCACCAGCGCUCUGUAACUUAUGGCGUGAAGAGGAAAACAUGUUUGUAUAUUUAUUUUCUGUCCCUGUACCGCCUGUUUGUGAAUGUCAUUGCCUUAGUGUGGAAUCACACCUUUCAGUUACAGCCGGUUUUUACUGGAAACCCCUGGGUUGUGUUUGCCGAAAGGCAGCGGACGUCAAACUGUCCCUGUAGUUACAUUCAUUUGGAGAAGCAGUAUUCAUGAUACUGCACUCAUUUUAAAGCCAAGUCGUCUUAUUUAUAUUGUUGCUUUCAGGUUGCCUUUUUAACCAAUGUUGUAUUAAGAAAAGAGGAAUGGAAAAAAAAGAUGCUUCUUUGUUUUGAUUUGCUUUGUUUCUGGUCUUUUUUGUCUGUAUGUGCUCGUGCUGUCACAGGUCAUUUUCAAUCCCUGUUGCCCAAAGAUUUCACCAUCCCUCAUGUUCUGUUAAAAAUUGUGUAUUUGCAAAGGAUGCCAGUUUGCACAGGAGCCUGUUUGCGUUGCACUUCAUCACAUGCGCUCACCCUAAAGUUCAGACGUGUGGGGAUUUUUGGAAGUCCCUCUUUACUUUGUGUCCUUCUGCAGGCUGUUUAGUUCCUCACACCGGGGAGCAAAGCUCAGCUUAACCCACCAGUGUAUUUUAAACAGUAUGUGAUUCUAGUGACUGAUUUUAUUUAAUUUCUUUCAAUCUAUCCAGAAGAACAACAGCAAAGAUUUGAGAUAAGACUGAAAAAGUCAUUUCUUUCCAAUUUUUACUAAAGCAGAUCCUGAGUUUGAGCUCCGAGCGCCUUCAUAGGUUACUGCGACCUCUUAUCAGCGUUUACUUGCAGUAUUUCUUUUUCUCCCUGAUGACGAGGGAGUGUUUGGUGCUUUGCAUCAUUUAGAAUUGGCGCGUGUUACCUAUGGAGGGUGUCUGGAUUUUUAAAAACUUCCAGGUGUUCUCAUGUGUGAAUACCAAGAGGCAGCUUGAUGUCAUUUGGAUCUUGCGUGACGGUCCCUGUGUGAGUGCUGCCGCUGCUCUGUAGGUGGAACUGGAUUUGAGGCAGUCCCUGCGGGGGGGCAGUCAAAGGUCCAUCUGAGCUUCUGGUCUUGAACCCCUCUCCCUCCUGGUCCCAUCACUUUUGCACCUGAUCUACAUUAUGCAAACUCUUGCAUGGAAUCAGAUUUGCACAUUGUCUUCAUUCAUGUUUGUAAUGUUUUUUUUUUCCUUUUUCUCAUGAACCAAAAAUAACAAAAAUCUUGGAUGUCUGAGUGAGAUUCUAUUUUA